AGGAAAAACACAGCACUUAUUGUGUUUUCCUCUUCAAUUCCCCCAUUCGAAUAAACCUUCUUCUAUUAAUUUUUUUACUGCUGUGAGCAAAAUGGAGAAGCUAAGCAACUUUUAUGAGACCUCGAAACCCUACUUUGCCAUGAUCUCUUUACAGUUCGGCUAUGCUGGCAUGAACAUCAUCACUAAAGUGUCCCUAAACCGUGGCAUGAGCCACUACGUCCUUGUGGUUUAUCGUCACGCCAUCGCCACCGCGGUCAUCGCCCCCUUCGCCAUAUUUUUUGAGAGGAAAGCACAACCCAAGAUAACUUUCCCAGUUUUCAUGCAAAUAUUUACCCUGGCUCUUCUCGGUCCGGUGAUUGAUCAAAAUUUCUACUACGCUGGUUUGAAAUUUACGUCUCCAACUUUCUCAUGUGCAAUGAGUAACAUGCUUCCAGCAAUGACUUUUGUUAUGGCCGUCAUAUGUGGAAUGGAAAAGGUGGACAUGAAAAGACUGAGGUGCCAAGCAAAAGUAGUGGGAACAGCAGUGACCGUGGCUGGGGCAAUGUUGAUGACUUUAUACAAAGGUCCCAUAGUGGAGUUGGUAUGGUCUAAGCAUAUCCAACCUCGGAAAUCUUAUAUCACUGACACCACCGGAACUGCCGAGAAGCAUUGGUUCCUUGGCUCCAUCUUCCUUAUAAUUGCCACACUUGCCUGGGCUUCUCUCUUUGUUUUGCAAAACAAGGCGUUAAAGACGUACAAGAAUCACCAGCUUUCUCUUACAACGUUAGUGUGUUUUAUUGGAACUCUUCAAGCCGUUGCUGUCACCUUUGUUGCAGAACACAACCUUUCUGUGUGGAGAAUUGGCUGGGACAUGAAUUUACUUGCUGCUGCCUAUGCUGGAAUUGUUACAUCAAGCAUUUCAUACUAUGUUCAAGGAUUAGUGAUGAAGAAAAGAGGACCUGUGUUUGCUACAGCUUUUAGUCCAUUGAUGAUGAUCAUUGUGGCCAUCAUGGGCUCUUUUAUCCUGGCUGAGAAAAUUUUUCUUGGAAGUGUCCUCGGUGCCGUGUUGAUAGUCAUUGGCCUUUACUCAGUCCUAUGGGGAAAGCACAAAGAGGCAAUAGACAAUAAAGAGGAGAUACCAGAAGCUAUAAAGUAUCCACAUCAUCAUGUAAAUGGCACUAAUGGGAUUUCAGUGAUUGAAACUAAUGGAGAUGAACUUAAAAAGGGAAAUCAUUUGAUCAACAAUAAGCUUAUAAUUUCGUCAGUUGCCAUAAGUUUGCCUAUCCAAGAUCCAUCAACGAAAGCCAACCAUGUACCAAAGGCUUAAUCAAAAAUCAAGGAAAACUACAAUUAAUAUUUGAAUAUUAUGGGGAUGGGCUUUUUUGUCUUUUCAUCCUCGAGCUUUAUUGGUUUUCCUUUUUCCUUUUUCUCUCUUUUUAGAUAUAUAUCAUUUUAUAUUUUGGCUUUUGCACUAUGUUGUAUGUAAGCCAAUGUUAAGGAAGGAGUAAUUAAUGAAAUUAAUUAUGAUAAUUUGAAGACA